AUGCGUUUGAUCAAUGCGGGAAGCCUAGAGCUGGAGGAGUUUGUAGGUGCAGCGCCACCGUUCGCCAUAUUGUCGCACACUUGGGGCCGCGCUGAGGUGGCAUUUCAGGACUGGCUCAGCUGGCGACGUGCUGCAAGUAUCGACCGCAACGGGCAUGUUGCAAAUUAUACCAAACAAAGCUCCGACGCUUUGGAUAAGGAACACCCUCAAGGCUCCGGGUUCUGGAAGAUACUGCACGCAUGCCACCAGGCGCGCCAGGAUGGUCUGAAGUACCUCUGGUGCGACACCAACUGCAUCGACAAGUCCAGCAGCGCCGAGUUGUCCGAAGCGAUCAACUCCAUGUACUCAUGGUACGAACGCUCAAGAGUGUGCUAUGCCUACCUAGAGGAUGUCCCUCCUCCAGGCGCAUCCGCGCUGAGCGAGGGCGGCAACAUCUGGGAGGUCGACUCGGCAUUUCGACGCAGUCGAUGGUUCACCCGCGGCUGGACGGUUCAGGAGCUUGUGGGGCCGCUGCACGAGAUGAAAUUUUACACCAACGACUGGACUUGCCUUGGGACCAAGACGACACUGGCGCCGCUGCUGCAGGAGAUCACAGGGGUCCCUGAAAAGUAUCUGUUGCGGAAGGAGGGUAUCUCGGGCGCUGGGCUGGCGCAGAGGAUGUCCUGGUUCGCCAACCGGGUCACCUCGCGUGAGGAGGACAUUGCAUAUUGCAUGCUGGGGAUCUUCGACGUCAACAUGCCUCUGCUUUACGGUGAGGGAUCAAAUGCCUUUGUGCGACUGCAGGAAGAGAUCAUCAAGAAGUCGGAUGACCACAGCUUGUUUGCUUGGAAGUGGGUUGUCGAACUUACAGAUCGAGCAAGGAAGAGCAGUACCAUGUUGAGCUCCAGCUCCGGCGGUACACCAGUAACUCCCCUCGCAAAAGCAUGGUCUGUCUCAUCAUCUAUGGUUAUAAGCGCACAAAAAGGGUUAGCAAAACCCACUCUCCAUCGCAACUUUCCCCAUUUGCGACUUGAGCAUCUGUGGCGAGAGAAAAUGUGGCGCAACCCCUUGCGACCAAUGCUCCUCGCCCCAGAUCCGAUCUGCUUCUACGCGUCGAGGCGAAUGCCGGUAUUCUCGCCCACGCCAGAGGUUGCGCCCUUUGCCAUCAACAAUGCUGGGAUUUCAAUCACAUUACCUCUGUUGGACCAAGGAGACGGCAACCUCGUCUUUGCCGUGCUGCACGCCGACGAGAACAUCAAGCUCGGCUGGCAACGUGGGUGGCAGCAGCUUAAGUGCAUACCGCUUGUCAGGCAUACUGAAAAGACAUAUCGGUACACGAGGACUUGGUUUCCUGAGCGCGCCAUCACGAUCACUCGCCGGCGUAGUGAUAGCCCCGAUGGCGGCAAAAGCGUGCAGAAUAGUCGCUUUGCUGAGCCCGAGGUUAAGACUAUCCAGGUCUGUCGUGACUACCAGCAGGUGCCAUUUUACUACCGUUCCCUUGGCUGCACCACAAUGCCCCGAGGUUUCUGGUCGUUCUAUCCCAAGGGGUAUAGAGACUGGCGAAUAACGAGUGGAUUCGUCACCCCAGGGGGAGUGUUUAACGAGUACGGGAUUUUCUUUGGCGACGGAAGCGAAGUCGACCAAGCCGUGUCGGGAAGCACUCCCGUGCUGAAGACGUGGAAGAGCAGCGUGGCCGGUGGCAUUCUGGUUUUUGCUUGUGCAUCCAAGCCCAAUCGACGAGUGGCGGUGUUCCUCGCGGUAGAGCGCCUGCUUCCCAUGGGCCGGCAGGCCAUCGCCCCGAGGCCACUCUGCGUGGUCGUACGAUGUGAAAAGAGCGGCUUGGGCCUCAGGGGAGAGCCAAGCCAGGCAAUGUUUGACAGGUUGUGGAACGUGACGACCGAAUCACGGGAGCGCAAGAAGCUGCCGUGGGACGUUUCCGAGUGCAAAGAGGCCCGGGUGAUGGUGCACAACGAGGCGCCCCUGAGUCUUGCAGAUGAUUCUAGAAUUUUCUUGACCGAGAUUCACUUCAUUUAG